CUGAAGGAACGGGGCGGCAGCAGAACCACGAACACAGGGGAAGGGGCCCUUUUGAAAGGACAAGGGUCGUCCUUCCCGGGGGGCAGUAGGCAAGGCCCCGUCCGCAGUCGCCUCCUGGGACGGAGAGAAGCUAAGGAGGCUCACAAACGCCGGUCGUGGUCUCUCCAGGGAAUAAUGGCCCGAGGGUCUGGACUGUGAAAACACCCGCACAAGAUGCCGGCGCGGCCGAGCUGGACGGGGCGAGUCCUGUUCCUCCUCCUCACCGUCGAGUCUCUAGGCGAGCUGGUGGACCCCUGUGGCUCCAUCGUCCCCGAGGCCCCGGUGGUGCCGCUGGGCUCCAACUUCACGGCCGUGUGCGUGCUGAAGGAGCAGUGCAUGCGGGACCUGCACGUCCGCGCCGAGGACAUCUUCUGGAAGACGGACCACGUCGCCGUGCCCCGCCGGCAGUACGCCGUCCUGAACAGCACCGCGGCCAGCGUCACCCUCGCCGGCCUGUCGCUGCUGAGCCUGCAGCUCACCUGCAACGUCCGCACGUUCGGGCAGCUCGACCAGAACGUGUACGGCAUCCACGUGACGGCCGGCCUGCCUCCAGAGAAACCCGAGAACCUGAGCUGCGUCGUGCCCCAGGGGAGGAGGAUGACCUGCCAGUGGGACGCCGGCAGGGAGACGCACCUGGACACGAACUUCACCCUGAAGUCGGAAUGGGCGACAGAGAAGUUCGCCGACUGCCGGGCGAGGCGCGAGGCGCCCACCUCCUGCACCGUGGACUACUCCCCCGUGUACUUCGUGAACCUGGAGGUCUGGGUGGAGGCGGAGAACGCCCUGGGGAGGGCCGUGUCGGCGCACCUCAACUUCGACCCUGUGGACAAAGUGAGGCCCAACCCGCCGCACAACCUGUCGGUCAGCAGCUCGGAGGAGCUGUCCAGCAUCCUGAAGCUGACCUGGGUCAACCCGAGCAUCACGGAGUUCAUGCAGCUGAAGUACGACAUCCAGUACCGGACCCGAGGCGCCUCCACCUGGACCCAGAUCCCCCCCGAGGACACGGCGUCCACCCGGUCCUCCUUCACGGUGCAGGACCUGCGGCCGUUCACGGAGCACGUGUUCAGGGUCCGCUGCACGAAGGCCGACGGCAGGGGCUACUGGAGCGCCUGGAGCGAGGAGGCCAGCGGGACCACCUGCGAGGACCGACCGUCCAAGGCGCCCAGUUUCUGGUACAAGACGGAGCAGCCCCUGGCCCACGGCUCCAGAUCCGUGCGCCUCCUGUGGAAGACGCUGCCCCCUUUUGAAGCCAACGGGAGAAUCUUGGACUACGAGGUGACUCUCUGGAGAGGGAAGGCCGCCGUGCAGAACCACACGGUGAACAGCACGAGGCUGACGGUGAGCCUCACCGGCGACCGCUACCGAGCCGCGCUGACCGCCAGGAACGGGGUGGGCCGCUCCGACGCCGCCACACUCACCAUCCCCGCCUGCGACUUCCGCGCCACUCGCCCCGUGAGGGACCUGAGAGCCUUCCCCAAGGACAGUGUGCUCUGGGUGGAGUGGACGGCCCCCGGCCAGCCCGUCACCAGCUACAUCCUCGAGUGGUGCGUGCUGUCGGACAGGGCGCCCUGCGUGCCCGACUGGCAGCAAGAAGAUGGUGCCGUGAACCGCGCCGCCCUGACAGGGGCCCUGGAGGAGAGCAAGUGCUACCUGAUCACCGUCACCCCUGUGUACGCGGACGGGCCGGGGCUCCCCGAGUCCACGCGGGCGUACCUCAAGCAAGCCCCACCUUCCAAAGGGCCCACCGUCCGGACCAAAAAAGUGGGGAAGAACGAAGCCGUCUUGGAGUGGGACCGGCUCCCCGUGGAUGUUCAGAACGGGUUCAUCCGGAACUACACCAUCUUCUACAAAACCAGCGCGGGCAACGAGACCGCCGUGCGCGUGGACCCCUCGCACACGGACUACACGCUGUCCUCGCUGACCAGCGACACGCUGUACAUGGUGCGCAUGGCGGCGUACACGGACGAGGGCGGCAAGGACGGGCCGGAGUUCACCUUCACCACGCCCAAGUUCGCUCAAGGCGAGAUCGAAGCCAUCGUGGUGCCCGUCUGCCUGGCCUUCCUGCUGGUGACGCUGCUGGGGGUCCUCGUCUGCUUCAACAAGCGGGACCUGAUCAAGAAGCACAUCUGGCCGAACGUCCCCGACCCUUCGAAGAGCCACAUCGCCCAGUGGUCCCCGCACACGCCGCCGAGGCACAACUUCAGCCCCAAGGAGCAGAUGUGCUCGGACAGCAGCGUCACCGACGUGAGCAUCGUGGAGAUCGAGGCCAGCGACCGGAAGCCGCCCCCGGAGGACCUCAAGUCCCUGGACCUGUUCCGCAAGGACAAGGCCGGCACGGAGGGCCACAGCAGCGGCAUCGGCGGGUCCUCCUGCCUGUCCUCCUCCCGGCCCAGCAUCUGCAGCAGCGAGGACAGCGAGUCGGCGCGCAGCACGGCCAGCGCCGUGCAGUACUCCACCGUGGUGCACGGCGGCUACCGGCACCAGGCGCCGCCCGCGCAGGCCUUCUCCCGCUCCGAGUCCACGCAGCCGCUGCUCGACUCCGAGGAGCGGCCGGAGGAGCUGCCGCUGCCCGACGUGCUCGACGGCCUGCCGCCCGGACAGCCGCCCUUCCAGCAGAGCGGCGGCCCACGGCUCCCGGGGUGCGGGCGGGGGUCCCCCUUCCGCGAGGAGGACUUCGUCCCAGACCUCGCCGCCCAGCCCCCCGCCUGCGGGCUGGGGAAGGCGUUCCCGGAGGCACUCGCGGCGGGGGCUCUGGGCCCCGGCCCCGAGGGGCCCGGCGGGGGACUGGAGGCAGCGGGGGCGGAGGCCGAGCUCGACGAGGGGGUGCUGAAGAGCUACUUGCCGCAGACGGUGAGGCGUGGCGGCUACAUGCCCCAGUGAGAGCGGGCCGCUGGGCCCUGGGCUGGGAGCUCGCGUCCGGGUCCCGGAGGCAGCGGUGGGCACGCACUGGCACGAACCUUUGCCCCGGAGGACGGGGACGACGGCCUGGCCUCCCCACGCUGCCCCCUCCCGGAGCGCCGGAC